UCCCAGCCGUUGGACGUGACCAGCGGCAAAAAAUGGUGUCCCUUAAGCUGCAGAAGCGGCUUGCCGCUUCUGUCCUGAACUGCGGUCUGCGCAAGGUUUGGCUCGACCCCAAUGAGGUUAACGAGAUUUCUAUGGCCAACUCCCGCCAGAAUGUGCGGAAGCUGAUCAAGGACGGCCUUGUCUUCAGGAAGCAGCCCAUCAUCCACUCGCGGGACCGGGCCCGGCGCUCUGCGGAGGCCAAGGCCAAGGGCCGCCACACAGGCUACGGUAAACGCCGCGGUACCCGGGAGGCUCGCUUGCCCCAGAAGGUGAUGUGGAUUCGGCGCCUGCGUGUCCUGCGCCGCCUGUUGAAGAAGUACCGCGACUCGAAGAAGAUCGACAAGCACCUUUACCAUGACCUUUACAUGAAGGUCAAGGGUAACGUCUUCAAGAACAAGCGCGUGCUGAUGGAGGCUGUGCACAAGCAGAAGGCGGAGAAGGUGCGUGAGAAGACCAUUGCCGACCAGUUCGAGGCACGCCGCGCCAAGAACAAGGCCGCGCGCGAGCGCAAGGCCACGCGGCGCGAGGAGAGGCUGGCUGCGGGCCUGCACCUGGAGGCCCCGGCGACCAAGCCCCUUCCCGCCCCCAAGAAGUAGACUGUUUGCUGAGCUAGCUUUGACCCGAGUUGGUUCUGGUCAGGUCGAUGUAAUCUCUUGGGCGCCUCAGUUGUCAACUCAAUCCCACGCAUGAAGUUGGUUGCACAAGAUUCGACGACGUUGUUAGUCGCACGGAUAUUGUACGGAGAGGCAGAGGCGCAUCUGAUAUUGCAUCUGCGAGCCUUUUUUUGUAAAGACGAUGUAUCCCU